AUGCUGGGAGACCCGCCAAGGCGUCCGUCACGUGCCCUAGACAUUGCCCGAUUGAGCAAUGUCGUAGAGGUGCAAGACCCUCGUCGGGUGUUGGAAUGCUCUCAGACGGAGCGCCAGCGCCAGUUCCAGCACCUUGUGCGGCACUACAUGUCCCAGAUCCUCUACGGCUGUAAGAGCCCCUACUGCACUACCCCCACUUGCCUCUCGUCCCACAAGCGCAAUCCCUCCAAGCCCCACCGUCCUCCUACACACCUUACUGCCACCGCCCUUGCCCACUACCUUGCCAGUCAAGACGACCCCGAGAGAGGGCUGUGUCCUCAUGACCUCAACAUAGCGCCGUCUUCAUUUGAACUGGGCGGCAGCUCAGUAAAGUCGACAGAUGGUUUGGACAAAGACUCUACUCUGCAUGUUCCAUCAGGGCAACAAGCACAUGAGCAUGGAGAUAAACGUAUUGGGAUUGGUCAAGGCGACAUGCAUGUCUGUCACCAACCUCAGCAAGAGCAGGUUAGCACUGUGAGCGAGCUCAUGCGCAGGCAGCAGGUUAGGAAGGACCCAAAGGCGCUUGGUCAGAAUUUGUACGACAGUCUCGCCAUGAUAUAUUCCUAUACCAAACAAAUACCCACUUCCGCCUCCAUACUUGCUUCUCUACAUCCCUCCCAUGACGCCUCUCCCCAAAAUGAACACAGCCCCAGGACAAACGGGCAUAGCAGGAACACCACUUUGGACUUGAUGCCUGCAAACGAACAUGACAGUUUAGCACAUGUGAAUGCAAAGUCCCACAAGGAAUUUGAACAUUCACACAGGGCCUAUAACAAGGCAGCAACGGGCAAGCCAGCUGUUCCAGUUGUUCACAACGGUCAACAUAUUCACAGGAUACCUUACCUCCCUCCAAAUAGCAAAGCACGAAGUCAAUCCUACACAGAUAUAGACAGCACUCCAUCCGACGGAGCAACAGCUGCAACCAUGCUAUCCAUUUCAAAGUCUGGUAGAAAAAGUUUUACAAUUGGAGGAGCGAACCCAGCCAUUACGAAUGAUACAAGAAAAAACCCAAAGACACUAGAGAGUCCUAAGGAAAAUGCUGCAAGCUCGAACCAAACGGACAACAGUAUACCUGUCUUUUCCCGUCUGAGCUGCAGCAUUCUAGACGAACUCAAAGAAGAGAUACACUCCAAUGGAGACAAAAGACCUGCACACUUCAAUUAUGCCGUAGACUUCGACGGCCGUCGUCCGAACCGACGAACAAAGCCUAUUAUCAAUCGAUCCUUGUUCUACACAUUAAGCGACGCUGAAACACUGCUCUUAUCUUUCCGUGAGAGCAGCGCAGCCUUCAAGGACUCGCCUCUUCCACAUCUUGACUCGCAUCGAUUGGUUAUAUCUUUUCGAGACUGGAACCGCUGGAAUGGUGCUCUCAUUUUUGAUAGCUUGUGCCUGUCACUGGAAGCCCUGUUUGCGCCGCCUCCCAAACUCACCCUCCACAAAAGUCCUCGUCUGAGACCAUUAAUCAAGAGUGCUCCUAGCAGUCGGUCAGGGCAAGUCAAAAGCAAUAGUAAAUCAGAGACUUCGCCACGCUAUCUCAGUACUGAAGAGGCUGCUCAUAUUGUCAUAGUAUGCAUACACGCUUUGACCUCCUUAGUGCCGACAGGUUGGCCGCAUACGUGGGCACAAAUCCGAAAGUUGCGAUCGUGGGGUAUCAUUGUACCCCAUGGGGUCCCUAACACUGAUACUUUCACAGAUCCGUAUAUGGACAUCAUUGAUGAACUCGAAUAUGAGCCCGCGUUACGCCUUGCAAGUCGCUUGUGUCGCGCAAUUGGAACGCGGCGUUGCUUUGAACACAUCCUCAACAGUCUGAGCGACGGCGAUGAAGAAUCCCCGACUACUUGCCAGUCACUUCUGGAUGUUGUUAUAAAUCACUUGGAAGUAGUCGAGCGUGUUGCAUUGGCAAACAAGCGCAGACUCAAUCGCGAUCAGGACGGUGAGAGUGAUCCGGGUUGGACUGUGACAGCCACAUUCGUAGAAUGGCUGAGAACUGUCAUAAUCAAAGAAUGGGAUAGCAAGGCUGAGAUCAACAAAUGGACCAGUGUUGGCACUGCUGUGGUCAUGCUGGAUAGUCUUCAUUCGAAAUAUCAGUCUCUCAACUUGCGCCCCAAAAUGUUCCAAAUGCCCAUCCUGAACGAGCGCCUUAACGCGGUGAGCGAGCCUGCAGCAUUUGUCGCAUGGAAGAAAAAGCCAAACACACUACACAUUCUGCAGUAUACUUGCCUAUUCUCCGCCCAGCAUCUGGUCGCAUACUUUCGCACAAUCAACUUCUCAGAGAUGAUGAAGCACUAUGACCACACUAUGCGCACUCAACAGAUGCAAGCAUCACUCAAAAUAUUUCUUCGAGAGCCUUAUUGGUGGGUUAUUAAGAGUCGUCUAAAGGUUACCCUUAGCGAAUACCUCGUCCUGGAUGUCAGUCGAGAAGAUCCACUAAAAGACACGCUUGAUCAGCUGUGGGGUCAGGACAAAAGAAUGCUUCUCAAGCCACUCAAAGUAAAGAUGGGCCAUGGCGAAGGAGAAAUUGGUGUCGAUCACGGCGGAGUGACCUAUGAGUUCUUCCGCGUAAUUCUCAGUGAGGCAUUCAAGCCUCAGCAUGGCAUGUUCACAAUCGACCCGCAAACGAGAAUGACUUGGUUUCAGCCCAAAAGUCUCGAGCCGCUAUGGAAAUUUGAGAUGCUUGGCAUCCUGUUUAGCCUCGCUGUCUACAAUGGCAUCACGCUUCCGGUCACAUUCCCGUUGGCUUUUUACGAGUAUCUCCAAACUAACGGCAGUUCACGUUGUACCCAUGCUACUGAGCAAGAUGCCUUAGAAUACAUCAGAGACGGCUGGCCAGCCUUAGCCGACAGCUUCCAAGAACUCCUAUCCUGGAGCGAAGGCGAUGUCGAAGACAUCUUCAUGCGCGAAUACGUCUUCAGCUACGAAGUCUACGGCCAGCGCAUCGACCAUAACCUCCACCACCCUUUCAACAACUCAAGUCCCAACGAAGAACCAGCCAUGGUCACCAACCAAAACCGCACCCAAUACAUCCGCGACUACAUCCGCGCCCUAACCCACGACUCCGUCGCCCCGCAACUCUCCUCCUUCCUCAAAGGCUUCUUAUCCUGCAUCAAACUCGCAAGCCUGCACCUCUUCACCCCCACCACCCUCCGUGCCCUCGUCGAAGGAUCCCAAUACAUCUCCAUCGCCGCCCUCAAACGCUGCGCCAAAUACGAAGAAGGCUACACCGCUACCAGUCCCACCAUCCAGUCCUUCUGGGACAUUGUGGAAAGAUACAGUCAAGAGGAUCGUAGGCACCUACUUGAAUUCGUCACCGCGUCGGACCGCGUACCGGUCACGGGGUACGAGAGUAUUACCUUUCAUAUUGCACGGAUUGGGGGCGCCCCGCAUGCGCUGCCGAGUAGCUCGACGUGCUUUGGGAAGUUGUAUUUGCCAGAGUAUAGAGAUAGGGGCGUUAUGGAGGGGAAGAUGUUGUUGGCUAUUAGGAGUUCCAAGGGGUUUGGGCUUGUGUAG